AUGACUUCUAUUAUCAUUCCUCAACAGAAGAGCAUCAUCGAUUUGAUUGAUGAAGAGUUGUAUACGGUGCCCAACUCGCCAAUCUUGAAUCAUUCGUCUCCCGUUUAUAAUCCAUUAUUCCUGGGAAGCAGCAACUAUUUCCAAACUUCAAGCAGGGACACCUCGUCGGCCUACGCUGCCACGGUGGCCGCCGCUACCGCUGCCUUUACCACGGCGCAGUUGCAAGCCCCCACCCCAUUAUCCGCACCAUUGCCUGUGGCCGUGGGCUCGUCUUCCGCUACGUCCCCCCUGAGUGCGAUGACACCUCAGACGCCUGGUUUGUUCAAUUUUAACAACUUGAACAAGCCCCAAAACAACCAGAAGAUCUUCAACGACUACAGUGAUCCAGAACACUCGUUCAUUCAACCUAACCGUUUGAUGAGAGCUCCUGUUGAGUCUGCGAACCCUCAACUGCCACAAACCCAACAAAAUAUCACAGCGAGUGUUAAUCCUUUUAAGGCCAGAAGUAGAGCUAAAAGUAUGAAGAUCAAGACUUUAUCGCCUCCUCCAGCUGGUAAGUUCGAUGAUUUGUUUGAUCCAAACUCCAAGCCUUCAUCGUCUUUUAACUUUGACUUUGAAAAUGAUAAUGACUCGAUUUUCGUCCACCACCACACUAAUAACUCAAGCAAUCGCCUUAAUGAGCCGCUCAAGAAUCUUGGGUCUGAUGAAAUAACUACAACCAUCGAUUUCAAUGACUAUAAUGACUACGAAUUUGAUGAGUUGGAUGAUAUGAGCGACUACGAAAGUGAUGACGACAAUCUUUUUGAUUACUAUGACGAAAAUGAUAUCUAUAAUGGCAAUGUAAUGGGAAAUGACGACUCCACCCCAUUGGUUUCGAAUGAAAUGAACGGAUUUAAUGACGGAUUACUUGGUGAUUAUACUUUGAAACCAUCCUUUAAUAAUGAUGAUGAUUCCCUCAGCAUGGGGGUCAAGCUUACCGACUUAAAUGAUCAGAUCGACCUUGAAGAGAUGGACACCGAUUUGAACGAUUUGAAUGACUCGUUGACCCAAGAGAAUGUUAUCGAUGAUGACGCUCAAGAUGAUGACGAUGAUAGUAUGGAUAUCGACAUUGGACUCGACGAGGUUCAUAGCCAAAGCAGUGAUAGCAGUUUUGAUAAGCAUGACGCUGAUGGCUUGUCCGAGAAGAAGACAAAGAAGAAGUACGAUGAAAUUCUCGAUCACCAUUGCAACUUGAUCAAUCCGAACACAGGAGUUCCAUGCAAUAAGCAAUUUUCCAGACCGUAUGAUCUUAUCAGGCACCAAGAGACCAUUCAUGCCGCUAAAAAGAAGAUCUUCCGAUGUGUUAUUUGCGAAGGUAGAUACAAUGGAGGCAAGGGAAAUGGAAAGUCCAAAACCUUUAGCAGAGGUGAUGCAUUAUCUAGACACAUCAAAGUCAAGCAUCAGCUAGUGGGACAAGAAGCAUUGGAAUUAAUCAACGACGCCAAAGAAAAUGCCGAAUUUGUCUCUGUUUGA